AUGCCGCACGCGGUUACCAAGGGCACCGGCCUGCAGGCCCUGAUCCUGUGUGGCCCUGGCUCGUCCUUCCCUACAUUCACGGCCAACCCGGACGAGAACCCCAAAGCCCUGCUACCGAUCGCGAACCGGCCGAUGGUCUGGUAUCCCCUCGACUUUUGUAACCGAGCAGGCAUUACUGACAUCACACUCAUCUGCCCCCCUUCGGCAAGCGAAGCGAUCAAGGCGGCCCUCAGCACAAACCCGUUCCUGACAAGCCUUCCUGCGCCGUCCGUCCUGGCGCCCCCGGACCUGGAUCAGACGACAGGCACGGCUGCGAUCUUGCGGCUGCCCGAGGUGCGCGCGCUGGUGACGGCCGACUUUCUGGUGCUGCCGUGCGAUCUGGUCUGCGAGCUCGGCGGCGAAAAGCUGCUGCAGGCCUGGAUGGUCAAGGCGGCGUCCCUGGCGGACCUGCUGCAGGAUCAGGGCCUGGGCCGGUAUUUCUUGUCCGAGGGCGGCGCCAACGCCAAUGCGAAUGCGUCACCCAGUACACGGAACGGCAACGGCUUUGCGACGCACAGCGGCGGCCUGGGGGUGUGGUACGACACGCGGACGGGCAUUCCGGCGGUCAAGAGCGAAGAGAAGGACUUUGUGGCGACGGUGCCGUUGUCCAAAGAGUCGUCACAGGCAGCCACCGACGCCAAGACGACAGCGACGUCAGUCGUCGCCCACCUCGAGCGCGUGGUCACAGCCAUGCCGACGGACUCGCUCAACGAUGUGACCGAGGCGAAAAACGGCUACCCGACGCGCCAGGGCCUGCUGCGGCGGCACCGGGGGCUGCGCAUGCGCACGACGCACCGCGACGCGCACAUCUACGUGUUCCCGCACUGGGUCAUGGACUUUGUGCAGGCCAACGAGCACAUGGACAGCAUCGGCGAGGACGUGCUGGGAUGGUGGGCCAAGGCGGAGUGGCAGCACGGCCUGCCCGAGAAGCUGGGCGUGGGCAAGGCGCUGCAGACGUACUGUGCGCCCGCGGGUGGUGGCAACAGCGACAGCAGCAGCAGUACGGGCGGUCACAACGGUCCCGACGGAGCUGACGGUGCUGACGGAGCUGACGGUGUUGACGGAGCCCGUCACCAGUCGUCUGCCUCGCCCGGCCGCAGUCGUGGGCAGUGGGCACGGAGCCUGACGUCUGGCGCUGGCCCGACCAGCGCGGCAGCGACGCUUGUAUCGUCGGCGCCGCUCACCACGCCGGCAGCCGAUCUUGAAAACGCUGGAGCAGCACAAGCAUCCACGGCGGCUGCUGCCGCAGCCGACCAUGACCAGCGCCAGCAGAUGCCGCCCCUGCUGGCCUACGUGCACCCGUCGGCCGCCACGGCGCCGCUCAUCCGCCGUGUCGACACGUCGCAGCUGCUGCUGACGGUGUCGCUGCAGCUGGCCAAGCUGCCGUCCGUCGAGGAGAUGGCCUUGGCGGCGGGCGUGCCGGCCGACAGUGCGGCCGCUCUGGCGCUGGCGUCGCCGUUUGCGCACACCAAGAAGGUGGCGUACCCCGAGGGCGUCAAACCGCGGACGACGGUGACGCGGCCGGACAGCCUGGUGGCCGACAACGUGACGGUCGAGGAAAAGGUCUCCAUCAAGGAGUGCGUGAUUGGUGCCAACUGCCAGAUCCAGGAGGGCGCGAAGCUGCACCAGUGCCUGCUGAUGGAGGGCGUCGUGGUGGGCAAGGGCGCCCGCCUCACGCGGUGCAUCCUGGGCAAGCGCAGCGAGAUUGGUGCGCAGUCGGUGCUGGUGGACUGCGAGGUGCAGGAGAACCUGCUGGUCGAGCCCAAGACCGAAGAAAAGGACAACAACUUUAUGAGCUCCGAGGGUCUUGAGGCGACGGCAGAGGAGAUGGAUGAGGCAAUGCAGGACGUCUCCGACGACGACGUGGCUGUAGCUGGCGCGUGA